AUGACCAUUGCGGAGGCGGUGCUUCGCACCGAAGACGGUGCGAUUGACGCCUCGCCAUACCAUCGUCCCCUGGCUGGCAUCGGCGUCGACGGAAACGGCGGUCCACCACUCGUAGCCUUCUUCGACGCGGACUGCAUCCCGAACGAUGGCGGCCUCUCGCUGCCUCGUGGUUCGACCACCCCUGCAAUCCAAGCCGCUUUGAAUGUUACAAGAAAGGCGGAGCAGAAGGUGUUGAAGCUCAGAGAGGCCCACAAGGCCGCCGGUGUAAAGUGGAGCGAGUUCGAAGCCAAGAUGAAGGAGGCCUUUCGCCGCGAGCGUUCUCGCUUCUCAAGAGAUCUGGAACGGCUGGACAAGGAAAUCCUCGAGGCCGAGGAGGCACAAGAGCUUGCGCGGAUGGGGCUCAGAGCUGCUUUUGUCGGGGAGUCCCGACCGGUGCACCCCAGCGGAGACGUGGAUAUGUCCGGCGGCCCGGAUGUGGAGGCAGUCUUUGCGGAAUGGGCCAGAGAAGACUCAUCUGCAACAGAUGCCAUGGUCAGGCGCGCGCUGGGGGCUUCGCUGGUUACCCCCACGAGACCGACAACCGCGGCACCACGCACACCUCACCAAGAGCGGGCUGUCGGUCCACCGGGCCUUGUUGCUGCCGAUGCAGGAGUGGCAGCCUUCGAUCCGUACUCAUACGUUCCUUCACCGGUGGCUACGCCUCCUGGCACAGGCCUCCCUGGAAAUGCGUGUCAACCACCUAUGAUCCGGCCGAGCGCGGAGAGGCCGGCAGUUGCACCUACUCCUCCACCAUCGGAGCCACCGCCGGGACCAGAUGCUGCACCCGAAGCAUAUGGAAAGAGCCCUACCCUACAGGAACGCCUUCAUCGUCGGCGCGCCCUGGAGCCGUUUGGCAUGGGACGACCUGCCCAGGCAUUUCCAGAAGGAAUGGUCUCCUCUGGUUUGGAUCCAGCGGCGACUCUGCAAGGGGGCUCCGGCCUUCACUCAGUGCGCAUCGUGAACGACGACGACGAGCUCAGACUGGAGGCUGCAUCCUCCCUGACGAUGGUGCUUUCGAAUCGCGGCUUCUGCCGUGCUUUCGGAGGUGCCCUUCUGCGUUUCUGCCCGCGCAGCAUGAGGUUUGAGGCGCAGCAAGGUCAUUGCGGCCCAUUUGGCCUGAGGUUCCUUGCGCCUGUUUGGCUGAUGUCUCUUCCUUCAACACAUGCAAUGGCGCGACCUCUUGACCCGGAUGCACCGCCUGCUGCCAGCCGUGCACCGCAUGCACUGCAUCCUGAUGAGCUCACCUUUCAUGUUGGGGCUGGAUACCCAGAGGUUCCCUGGCUUGAUGCGGACCGUGCCCGAAGGACUGCGGAGAGCUUAUGCUUGCAUGAUGCCCGGUGGCCCCCGUCUCGCACUGCCGAGGGCGAUGAUCGACAGAUGUUAGGGGUCUAUGUCUACACUCCCUACUAUAAGCCCCAGGCUGUUGCAGUCCCUACGGGUCCAAACGAUGAUCUUCGCAAGGUGCUGGAUGUUAUCUGUGAUUGCAUGCCCGGUACCCCAGACGGAGUCAUGGAUAGUGUAGUUCCCCUUCAGCCCCAGCGCUUUAGUGACUACCUAUCGGUCAUCCGGUUCUCCUCCCUCAUACGCCACGUUGGAGACGGACAAGCCGCAGUGGUUGCGGAUCUCAGCAGAGUGGGCGGACAUUAUUUUGCCACGGUGCUUCCUCGUACCUUGUCGCAUUCCGCACUACUUGCUUUUUUGGGGCCGUUGACAAAUGCCGAUUUGGACAGUCUUCGUUUUUUCGUAGGCUGCCGCUCCAGGCCAUGGCCAAAAGAGGCACUAGUCACCCUUAACGAUGGCGAUGUUGUCACUGCCGUCCCCCAUGUGGACACGGCAUUUGCCAAACAUAGAGCCGAAGCUCUGGAAGAUAAGGCUCGAUGGGGGCCCAUGCAUCAUUUUCACAAUGUGGAACUGCACCACAGUGUUUGUGUCCUUUAUCGGAACGAGCGCUAUUGUGUGCAACCCCAUCAUCACUACGGGGUGACCAUUGUUGAUCAUGUAAUGGCUCGUAUGAACCUGUCUCCUGGUCGGGUCUCGAUGUGCACCUUUCACGUACCGGACCUUGACGUCCAAGGACACUUCUGCCCGCAGUUGGUUGCAGUGUUUGAUGUGCCGCCGCUUGCUGAUACCGAUGCUACCCGCGAGCGGCAGGACUACUUCACUCUGUGUGACUUCCGCCCCUUGGGCCUGAAGCCUGCGUGCGUGCAUUCCAACGUACCCAAACUCCAUAUCCCCAGCAUCAUGUCUGAUAAUGGGGUGGAGCUACCGCAGGCCCGUCGGAUAGGAGUUCACGGAGGUCGUAGAAAAGGUGAUUAUGUUUCGAUUCAGGGCUCCUCAAUCCUCCUUUUCUAUGCUGAGGAGCUUGAUACAGACUCGUCUUCCAGUUCACCCGGGCCUAGACACCCUGCUUGGCCUAUGCCUAGGGAAGACGGCGAUAGGCUUCGAGGACCGCCCCCUCCUGCACCCAUGCAACCUCAGCAUUCUGCACCUCCGCCGAUGGCUCCCGCGGAGAGCAUCGAUACCUCAGCCCCGGCGGGGCACAGCUGGAAUGCUGUGGCGGACUAUGAGGCCUCCUUUUGGACCGCGCAAGAUGCUCCCAGCUGGGACGCGGCCCCGGUCGAUAAUGCAUUAGGAGGGUCGCACGGGCAAGGUUCUUCUACCGAUGCUUGGGAAGCUGCCGACAUGCCAGGGGUGUCUGACGCGAUUCCGACUCCCGAAUCUCGCCGACAUGCUGAAGACACGCCUCCUGGUCCGCAUUCUUUUCCAGCUCCUCUGGAGGUUCCUCCUCCCUCCAGGGUUGCCUCAGAUCAUUCUGCGGCUUCUGCUAGCGGUCUGACAGAAGUUCGAGCCUUCAUCUACGCCCCCGCAAUGGCGCCCGAAAUGCUCAAUGUUCUUGCCUCUCUCCCUUGCAGUGUCGCUACACUCUUGCAGGCGGUUCAGGCAGACAGGGAUACUGAUCUGAGCAUGCACUUCCCGCAACUGAUCCCUGUCACGCCACAGCCCUCGUCAGAUGCUCUUGUUGCAAUUGCCACACCGGACUGGCAGAUUACGAGGCCUAUCGUCCUCAUAGACUGUAGCCGAGUCGGGAAGUCGCUGUUUGCAAUCCUGCUCUUUCCCCGACUCAAUCGCGAGUCCUUGUUGUUAGCGGCGGGCUUUCCCGCGGAUGCUGACCUUGAGGUCUAUGUGCAUGGCCUUUCCAGACCUUUACAGAUCGGACAGACCAUAACCCUUACGGCAGGCAUAUUGGUCUCUCUGCUCCCACCUUUCAGUGGAGCUCCAGCUGUUUUCGAUCUGCAAACUAAGCUGGAGCUCAGCUCCUCAUGGGACCCUAGAGCUGAUAUCCCAGGCCCCGGCUGUGUGCCUGGCCAGUUCUUCUGGGUUCUCACUGACGCUCAGCCGACACUGUUCGAAGUCAAGGCAGGUAGGCGAGGUUUCUUCCGAGAGGACCUAGCUGCACAUUUACAGAUUGAGGAGCACAAGCUUGUGCUGAAAACCGCCAGCCCGCCAGUCAGGGAUUGCCUUCCCUCCGGCUUCCUUGCAAGUGGAGUGCUCGUUGCCACCGAAGCCAUCAGCCGAUUGCUCUGCCCACCUUCGAGGAAGAUCGACUCUAGGCUGAUUGUUUUCAUCGAUGCCAGGCGUAUUCUUCAAGGUUUCGACUGGUUCAUAGUUUGCCAGCCUUGGUACCCCGUCCAGCGGGUUGUUGAUCGGUUCAGCUCGAUCUGUCCGGCGGAGUACCUUGUUUCUAUCACAGGGGCUGACAUAGCACACCACGGCAAUGAGGUUUGCUUUGUCAUCGCCGACGGACAGGUCCUUCAAAUUGCUUUUGUCGAGGACAUGUUGGAUGAGGAGGCGUCGGCUCCCCCGCCAGAUAGCCCAGGCCCCGACGAGCGUGACCACACCAGCCACGGUGAGGGGCCCCCUGCGGCCGGUUCAGGUAGCCCGGAAUCGAAAGCAGUAAUCAGCAGCGCCCCCUGGCAAGCGAACGAACGCAGCGCUCCCUCGGCCGUUACAGCCGUUGAGAAUGCACAGUUGGCCACUGAACAGCUGGGAUUCCAAUGGCCUCUUAUGCCUCCUGACCCGCAGUUCCCCCUUCUUGAUGACAGCGAUGUCCCUCCUACCGAGGAUCAGGAAGACUCGGUGCUUGUCGACACAAUCUUCGUCAUUCUUGCUCCCGAUUACCAGAUGGAGGUGCUCGAGGUGGCGUUGCUGCUCCCGCAAGGGGUCGAGACUGCACUUGAGGUUGUUGACACUUGCAGGCAUAGGGAUAAGGUUUGGGUUUUUCCCCGACUCGUCCCCGUGUGGCCUCAGCCCAGCCUCAAGUGGGCCGUUCUGAUUAUGACGCCAGCUUGGCUGCAACGCGACGCCGUGGUCUGCUUGGACCUUUCCGCUCAUGACGGCCGGGUUUUUGCUUCUUGGGUUCCCCGACGGGUCACCCGCGCUUCCCUCUUGGCUGCCGCGGGUUUACAUGCCACCUCGGCACUUGCGGUCUUUGUGCCGGACCACAAUGUUGCCCUUGGUGAUGACGAGGAAUUCCUUCCCAGCACGGGACAAUGUUUCCGUUUUGCGCCGGUCGGACAUGCCCUUCCUCCGGCGGUGUCUCUUUCGCAUAUGCUUUCCUCUCCGUUUGCUUGGGAGAAGGGCCCUCCCUUCCCACUCGACACGGCUGAGCCCUGUUAUUGCAGUGUCGGGGACGUUCGGGUCCGAAAUUUCAUCCUUCACCCUCACCGUUCCACUCAAUAUCGGUCGGAUCUUGCCGCUCUUUUUCAGCUCAAUGUCCUUCACUUGGUUCUGACUCCUUCCGACCCGCGUCAGGAGGAUGCCGCCUGUUUCGGGCGUCCCAGCCAAGCCGUCGUCGCUGUCGGCCAGAGCUUUCGAAGAGAGCCCUUUCCUACCGGCCUGCUGGAUUGUCGACAACUCCUUUGGGGGUGGCGCAGGCUCCCGUCCGAUGAUGGAUGGAUCAAUGUGCGUCAGAUACAAGAGGGUUUUGAAUGGAGUGUUCCCCAUGGAUGGACAGUUCUCGUGCAACCUAGCCCUCCUACCGGAGAUUGGCUUCGCAUCACUGAUGGACAGGUUUCGCCCGCGCCAUAUGAUGUUUCUUUACAUGCUUGGCGCACUGAUCCCCAACCACCGGUUGAAAACAGCCACAAUGGAGCGUAUCCCUCUGGUCCUUCGCAGCCGCGGGACUCAGCCAUUGAUUCGGUCCGCCAAGAGUCUACUGCUCGGAACUUCUGUGGUCCGAGUGCGGUGCAAUUUGAGGCCUUCACCAUUGUCGCCUUCGUUUGCGGAUGCCUCGGCCUGCUUGAUGCUGCAUUUGCCUGUCGUGCUGCAGGCCAGCUUGUUGCUACUUGUGGUUUUUUCUGCUUAUGCCCGCGAGUUGCGGGCCGCCAUAGCAGCUACCUCAUCCCGGCCUUGUUCUGCAUUGGGUUUCUCGGCGGGCCCGAUGGAGUUGGGGUUGCGGGCAUGCAGCUUUUCCCCCCCAUGGGAUCACCAGCAACACCAGCUUGUGCCCCGGGCGUUGAUUGCAUUACAGCUGUUCGCACACCAUCUCGGCCGGUGGCCACUCCCUGCAGAACAAGCCUCAACCAUAUCCACAGGCUUCCUGUUGCGGCUGACAAUUCCAAUCUCGAAGGGUGGUAUGCUGCUGACGACUCGGGCUUUUGUUCCGGGAAUUACAGAACGCUGCUUGAAGAGGCAGCCGGACGUACCGAUUGCACAGCAUUCUACCUUACUGCUACUUUGAUAGAGGCUCUCGUUGAGCAUUUUACUGCUCUUUUCGGCGAAGCACACCCCGGAAAUGACGGUGUUGGACGAGCCACUGUCUCGAACAGGCACACCUCUGUUGAUCUUACCGAUCAUGCGUCGACUCGCGUUGUUCUGCGCCUGCCUGCACUCAUUGACUUUCCGAUACCCGAUGAUAGGCAGCGCGAUAUGACCGGACAUGCCGAACCAGAGCUUUUCGACCUCGACGGCCGUCAAUGCCUAUUGCCCUGCUCUAUGCAGGAUUUGGCCAGUCUCACGCACACUCGCCCUUUCGCGGCGCUGCAGGGACCCCCGGGCGAUGUUCCCCAAGCUUCACGCUUCGAUGAAUGGGUUACUUUAGGGCAGGUAGGCCGUUCUCCCGCCCCAGGGGAAAUUUUGGUUCUAACCACGGAUGGCUCCUUCAGCGCCAAGUCAGGACAGGCAGGAUGGGCUGUAUGCCUUAGUGCAGUAUCCUCCAGUACUCAUGAGCUUCCCGGCACAUUCCUUGGAUGCAUCUAUGGGUCCAUGGACAUGUUUCGGCCUUUCCUUUCACCAGGCAGCAGAGCAGGCGCUGCGACAUUCGACGCCUAUCUUGCUGAGGUUGGCGGCCUCUUCUGGGCGGCUGUCGCUAGUCUGCAGCUCCCCGGGCAGUGUGCUAUUUUGUUUCGAGCCGAUAACAUUUCCGCGCUUGACGGAGUGGCUGGCAAGGCCUACAUGCGGGACCACCCCCUCUGUGUCGUUGCCCGUAGCUUCUUCACAGCCCUCAGGGGUCUUUCUGAUCGCCCCAUACACUUCCAGCACGUGUAUGGGCACGCGGGGGAUUGUGCUAAUGAGUUGGCUGAUGGAUUGGCCUUCCUUGGGUCUACCGGCCGCCCGCAGAGUUCCCUGCUCUCCAGAAUGACCUUCUUUCAUGGCGGACUGAUCAGUUUCAUCGGGACCGCCGCAUUGAUGGCACCCUUCUUGCGCGCGGUUCCAGCUGAUCCCCCAGCAGCUGAGGAUAAUACCGACUCCCUGGCUAUUCACGUUGUUACAUACAACGUGCUGUCCCUGUUGGGUGGCGUUGCUCCCGGUCCAGCGGCCGGCCUGCAUGGAGCGAUCGGGCGUACCACACUGUUGGCAAAUGCUCUGGAAGUUCGCGGCGUGCAUCUUGCUGGCCUCCAGGAAUGCCGCACACCCCCGGGAACGUAUAAAUGCCAACGAUAUCAUCGCUUCGCAUCUGGCUGUGAUACUGACGUCAACUUUGGUGUCGAAUUGUGGGUGGCUUCCAACAGCCCAUUCCAUCCCAGAACUGUAGCAGUUCUGCAUGCUGAGCCAACCGUACUCCUCGCCAGUAUGCUGUUCCGACAGACUAAUGUUCGUGUACUUGUCGGUCAUGCUCCCCAUCGCGCCCACAGCGAAGAGGCUCGCGCGAGUUGGUGGCAGAAAGUCGGAAAGCUCUGCAGAGCCUUCAGCCAGGGCCAACCAUGGCUUUUCCUACUUGACGGCAAUUGUCGGUUGGGCAACAACCCCAGCCGAGCAGUCGGAUCGCAUCAGCCGGACCCCGAGGAUCUGUCUGGGGCCGCCUUACAUGCUCUAGCUCUGGAGCUUGACCUUUGGUUCCCUGCUACCUUUUCCGAAGUCAUGAGAGGCGAUGGGGGCACCCUGUGCCUUCAUCGUAACGGUGCGUUGGCCCGAUCUGAUUUCGUGGGCGUCCCGCUCAGUUGGAGAGCGGGCGAAUGCCAAGCCUGGGUUGACCCUGGGAUUUCCACAGGGCAUGCUUGCAUUGAUCACUUUGCUGCCUGCUUUUCCGCCAACCUUAAGUUCCCCAGACAGUUGCGGGCUCGACGCCCAGUCAAGAUCGACGUUGCGGCGCUUUCUCACCCAGACAAUGCAGAUGCUGUCCAGACCGUGCUUCAUGCUACACCAAGACCUGAUUGGAAGGUUGAUGUUAGCGAGCAUGCCGCCGUUCUGGUCGACCACCUGUACCGCAGUCUAGCACGUCUUUUUCCAGUUGCCUUAGACUGGACUAGAGUGCGGUGCGCCUUCCUGGCCUGGAAGCCGGGGGGCGGCAGCUUCUGUACCCUUUUCACUGGUAAGUGGUUAUGGGAUCUCCGCCAUAAACUCGCCCUAUCUUGCCUGUUGCUUCAUAGAGCGGGCGGGGCAUUGCGCCAUCAAUGCCGGGCCGACAGAGCGGCCUACUUCGUGUCAGUCGCUGAUGAGAUACAACAAAGCCCUGCAGGCAGCUUGCACCGCUCAGUAAAGAAGGUUCUCAAGCCGAAACGAUUUCGCCGGACCACUGCCGAUCCCCUGCCUCUGCUUUAUACCAAAAAUGGAACAGUGUGUGGUUCCGCUGCUGAUGCCCAAACUGCCUGGCGCGAGCAUUUCAGUGCCCUUGAAGAUGGCGUGCCGACUUCUGCGGACGCGCUAGCAGCUUCUUGUAGGGCAUGGCACACCGCUUUCAAUGGAACUGACCUUGUUGAGAUCAAGGAUGUGCCUACAAUCGAAACACUUGCGCAGUCAUUCCGUGCCACUGCUGCUGCCAAAGCUUGUGGCCCGGACAUGCUACCGCCGGCACUUUGCCAUUUCUUUAGUGCCGACAUGGCGCAGCUUUUUUGGCCCGUCAUGCUCAAAACAACUCUUUGUGCUGCGGAAGCGGUUGGACUCAAAGGCAUCCUCGUGCAGUCAUGUAUCUCGAAGGCUAUCCACAGGGCCUUCUUGGCUUACACCCGCGCCGCUGGACAAGCGUCUAGCAUCCUCUUCGUCGACCUUGCCGCGGCAUACUACAGCGUUGUUCGGGAGACCAUUUUGGGCGCUGAUCUCGGCGACCGGAGCGUCAGCUCCAUAGCUGCCACGCUGGGCCUUACGGACGCUGACUUGCAGGUCAUGCAAUCGCACAUUGCUGAUCAACCCGUCCUGUGUGAGCAGGGUUCCUCGUCGCUCUUUGUCGAGCUUGCCCGCGAAUUGCAUAGUCACACGUGGUUUGUGUUAGCAAAUGACACUACACUUGUGCGUACCCACAGGGGCACGCGCCCUGGGGGCGCGCUCGCGGACGUAAUUUUUAACCUGCUUUUUGGCCGGGUUCUAGUCAGACGCUCGCAGAAAACUGUGGUGGACACCGCACCUACGGUUACUUGGACAGGGACUCGUAGUCCUUUCCCUGCGGAGCCUUGUGGAGCCCCCUGUCAGCUGGCCGUCCAGGACGUUGUGUUUGCGGACGACCUGGCGUCCUUUGUCACGGCCCCUGAGCCUGGAGCUCUGCGAAAGGCACUUGGCGAUGUUGCUGCGGCAACACUCGACGUGCUCCCUGAACAUGGUUUGACAGCCAAUCUCGGCCCAACCAAAACCGCCGCCAUUGUAUCUGUUCACGGACGUGGCGCUCGCGAAGCCCGUCGUGAGCUCUUCACGGUCCUACGUGGAAAGCUACCUGUUUGGCCGGAAAAUUCAGGGGUGGUACACUUGGAGUUGGUUACCUCCUACAAGCACCUUGGUUCGGUUCUUUCAUGGGAUGGUAGCUUGCUCUCUGAGAUUAAGCACAGAAUGGCAGCAGGCCGCACAGCCUUUCGGGAGGGGAAACCGCGUUUGUUUGCGUGCAAGCGCAUUGACAUCUCCAAGCGCUCGGCCCUCUUCCGUUCACAUGUGUUGUCUGCGAUUUUGUCCGGGUGUGGCACGUGGCCUGUCUUGCGUCCUUCUGAAUGGAAGGCUUUUUCAGGGGGGAUCAUUAGUCUUUACCGGCAGCUCCUUGGAUUGCAUGCUGAAGCUUGGCGGGUCACGGAGUCACAGAUUUUGUCCCGUACUGGGCUUCCUUGCCCUCGUUCGCUGCUCUCCGCAGAACGGCUUCGAUUCUUGCUCCUUAUGGUGCGCUCAGGCCCGGACUUUGCAUGGGCUCUGAUGCAACGUUUCGCUGCCUUCACACAAGGGCUCUGCCUUGCGGCGGACUGGCUGCUCGAAGCCAUCGGAGGCUGUACCGACUUGGGGGGUAUUGUUGCUUGCUGGCCCCAAUGGGAGGCCAUGAUGCUCUCGGCUCCAGGACGAUUCAAGGGCCUCCUCAAACGGGCCGAGCUCUGGCAUAUUGAGAUCUGUCGGAUUCGUGCUGCGUGCGAGACUUUUGGCCGAACGGUAUGGCCGCCGACUCCUCCUUCGGACGCAACCGACCAGGAGCUCUAUGAUCUGGUCGCAGCAUGCAUUGCACCUCUUCCUGUCCUUCGCUGCACACUUGAGGAAUGGCGGAUGACGGUGUCAAAUCCUGUGCUUGCCUCCGCAUGUUCGGACGUCUUGUUGAUUCUCCGGCCUGAGCAUCUCUGCGAUAAGGUUGCUGGUAAAGCAGAUGAGGCUGAGAAUCCUUCUGACACAGGAACGCUUCGUCCUUACAUAACUCCUGCUCGAUUUGCGGGAUUGCACCCCUUGAAGCCCGUCUGCUGGAGCGGCCGCCUCGACAGCGCAUGGAUCCAAAACUGGGGUCUAGAUAUGCGCCCUCCUGUUGAGAUUGCUGUUGACGAUCUCCGGCCUGGCUCACUCCCAGAUGCAUCGGGUUUCUGCAUCUCCUUUCCGGCUCCUCCCUCUGCUCUCCGGCCCCUCCUUCAGCCUAGUGCCUGCCCUGUACACCUCCUUCGUGGGGUGCGACAAUGGAUUGAGUGGGUCUUUUGCCUAUCCGGACGGCUCGUCCAGCUCGCCAUGACCGGCAUACCAGUGCGUCUCGCCUACCCGGUCAAUGCUUGCGACUUGCGGCCCUUUUCCGAUUGGCUUUUGCAGCUGCAGGGAGAGUUCGCUGAGGAAGAUGCUUUUUCGCUGUGUUUCACAUGUGAAUUCGUUGUCUUGCAGUAG